AUGCACUACUGCCUCGAUCAAGGGUGGUCUGGAUUUGCCAUUGCUCAUCAGGUCAAGAUCGGCUACUUCAUGACCUUCAAGAUACUGAGGGGCGACGUCUUCAAGGUCACCAUCUUUGACUAUGCCACGACGGAGGAUGUGACCUUCCCUUAUAUGUCAGUGAAUUCUGUGCUUCCGGCUCAGCCACUCUGGUACAUAUCGGUGCAUGAUAGGCACUUCCCUAUUAGGAAUAAGAACACCAUGAUAUGGUUUGCUGCUCUGUCCACCUUUGUGUUGAACUGGGUGUGCGAGUUGGUCAAAGAAGGGAUAACCGGAGUGAAGUUCUUGAGGAAACGUGAUGUGAAAACAAUUGUAGAGGCUGUUUUCAAGUUCAUCGGCCAUGAAGUUGGUGUCGACCAGCUCUACAACCAUCUGAGACACUGGAGAGCAAGGUGGGUUCAUUUAUGCAGGCUAAAAAUGCUUGAUGAGGUGCAUUGGGGGGAGAAGACAUCAUCAAUCAUGAUGGAUGAUGAUGCAUACUAUGCCCACAUCAAGGAUCCUGGAGAUAAGAUAGAAGCCGAGUUUGCCAAGGCUCAAGAAGCUGCUCGCAAGGACAUUGAGAGAGCUUUCAGUGUUUUGCAAGCAAGGGGCGGUGGUGUCCAGCAGUGUCCAAGAGGCGCUGUCAGGGUCGCCUUACCCGGUGCUCAGUCACCUCCUCUCGCUUGCCGGGAUCCGAUCGCGACCCUUUUCUUCCCAGCCGUGGUUCUUCCACCUUCUUCCCGCGCCGCUGGCACCCGGCCGCAACUUUGGGACUUCCUGCCCGUACCAACUCCGGUUUUUGCAGGGCCUGAGGACAUUGGGAGAUUGGAGGCGGCGCCGCCCGUCAGCUACAGUGAAUUGUCAUCUCAGCAGGGACGUGCAUCACCACCCUGGCCGCGGCACAUACACGAUGAUGACAUCAAGUCAGUCAGUGGUGGGCUGUCUCCACCGGUCCAUUCGAGUAUAUGGGAUGGUAUGAUCCAACUGAAUUCUUCUAUCAAGUUUUUCAUGUCCGCCUUCUUUAACAGUGGAGAAAAAAUUCUAGAUAUUGUUUGGCCGGAUACCAUAGAAAUCAAAGGAAGAGUGAAACUGGAGGAUUUUCAAAAAUUUGUCAAGGACCUUCGUCACUCUAAAAACCGGUCAAUAAUGGUAAUUUCCCUGUGCUGUAAAGUUGGAUCCACAAAAGAUGGCGUAGGAGGAAUACAGGAGGUUGCAAAGAGAUUCGAAGUGAACCAAAGAGUUGGCUUUGCAGAGAUCGAAAAUGGUCCAUAUAUUUAUAUAUGUCCCAGAAAUGAGGCCGUAAUAACAAACCUUGGUAAAUAUGGUUUCUGGAAAGGCGUGUCAACAGUUGAUACAAAUCAAGACUCAUUAAUCGGUUUUGUUGUAUGGGACCGAAAUCCACUAGUAAAGACAAGCACGACAGAGUGCAGUAUUGAGAAAGUACAAGCAAUUCAAGGCAGUCAAGUGGAAGCACAAGAUGUGACAGAUGAUUUUCCAUCUCGGUAUGUGCAUGCUGCCAAAAUUGGUAAAGCGGUUUAUCACUCAGAAGCAGAAAUACCUGAUUCACCAUCCGAACUAGCAUCAAAAUUACUUGUGCAGUCGUCUCAGGUCACAUCAUUCAGGGUACCUUCCUUAAUAGCAUCUCCGACAUCACAGGAUUUGCAAAUGUCAUCACAUGACAUUCCCAGCAUACCUUUGGAAACCCUAGAAACUCGGCAACAUGUUCGUCCUAUCACGGACUCUCAUGCUGGAUCUGUGCAAGUGGAGGAACCCAAUUCAUAUUUUCAUGAAGUGAAAAAGUUCACUCUUGCUUCUAAACCUUACAAAACCGGUAUUCAUGGAUUGCCCCUGGAUGCUAUGGGGGAAGCUACCCCAUCUGAUUUAGCUACAGAAAAGAAUCAUAUAAUUGGAGGCUUGUCUGGCAGCAUAACACAACAAAAAUAUGUAUCAAGUGAUGACUCUCCAGAACUGCAGCAGUGUCCAUCAUUGUUGAAUCUCCAUUCUUCUCAUACACCUGAUGAUGAAGAGGACCUGCCAGAAUUUUUCUUUUCUCCUCCCUAUGGACAUGACAUAAAACCUAAUGUCCAUUCACUCAACAACGAUAUUGGAGGGACUGGACAGUUCCAGCAACCAUCGGAUUCAUUCUUUCAAGCUCGUGAGAAAAUUGGGGCCCAAGGAACUUCUGCAUAUAUUGGCUCAAGCAAAAUAACAAACCCAAUAUCUCAUUACGGUAUGGAAAGAGAUUGCUUUAGGGAGAAUACUGGCUUUGGUGAUGGAUACAGGAUGAUGUGGCAGUCCUCAGAGUUUUGUCAUGAAAAACUGCUUAAAAAUGGUCCAACUGGUUUGAGCCCGCCAGGAGAUGAAGGCUUAUUUUUCCGUCGUAGCCCUCAUGUAGAAGCAGUGCGAGGCUUAUUCCCUCGGCAUCCACCUCUGAUACCAGCAGAUCAAGGCUUAUUUGAUGGGCAUCGUCCUCCUCCACUGUCAGAUCAAGGAUUAUACCCUCUGUAUCCUCCUCAUGUACCAGCAGAUCAACAACUAUAUCGUCGGCAUCCUCCUCUGGUACCAGCAGAGCAAGGCUCAUAUCCACCACAUCCUCCUGAUCUACCAGAUCAAGGCUUCUAUCCUUGGCAUCCUCCUCCUAUACCAGCAGAUCAAGGCUUCUUUCAUUGGCACCAUCCCCGUGUACCAGGAGAUCAUGGCUUCAUUCCUCAUUGUCCUCCGAGUUUUGCACCAGGAUAUUAUGGAAACAACAAUGUCACUUCUCCUGGCCAGCAACAUUGGAUGUUUGGCCAACGACCUCAGACCAGCAAUGCUUCUGGAAGUUCACAACACAUGAGGCCGCCUAGAGGCUUUGCUCCUUGGCGCCCCAUGUCUCAUCCAAGGCCUGGGAACAAUCACCAUGGUUUUGAAAGAUCAGACGGCUUCUCUGGCUCUAGAACACGUCAUUACUCUGGACGUGAAAAUGGAUCAGGCAGCAGGCCCUCCAGCUCCUCACUUCAUUGGUGAAAUCAGUCUUGUCACAAGGAACAUUCUGAAUAAUUCGUCUUAGAUUGAUAAUCUUCAGCAUUACAUGCUAGACACCGAGACAUGGAUUCUAGUUUCUCUUUAAUUUCAUUUUGGAAUAGUUCCUCCCAGUUUCUCCAGAGCAGAAUUUAUGUGCUUGAUAUAUUAGAUUCAUUCUCCUGA